GGCUGCCUUAUCAAUGCAAUCUGUUGAGUGCAGUCUACUGUACGACAACACUGUUAAAACGCUAAAUAUUUAGCCGCGGAGUCAUUAAUUGCGGAUGACUGACGGAGACGCUGAAAGCAAAUGCAACCGUGGCGAUUCCGCCGUGUCCAAGUUGACCGAGGACAGCGGCGUGGUGGCGACGGAGAACGGCGAGGUGUUACCUGGGGAGGUGCUCGUGAACCCCCCUGGUUUACUCGGUCGGGAGGUCCCGAUGCAAGAGCGUCCAACGUCCAGCGAUAUCCUUGAGGAGCUUCAGAAAGAGGGGAUAAUCCCGCUCAGCCCAAGCAGGGAGACUGCCAAUGGGCAGGCCUAUACCAUCAUGUUGGAUGAGAGCGACGCUACUAGACGCCGGCCCCCCGCUCGUCUGGAGUCCCUCAAGGUCAAGCGCCUCCCUAGCAAGGAGGAGAUGGAGGAGAAAAUGAGGCUCGCUGACGAGAGACGCAAGCUGCGGGAAGAUGAGCUGACGGCACGUUUGAGGAGCAAGUCGGCUCGCGCCCGUCGAGCUACUGCUGUUCACCCUUCGUUCCAAGAGGCAACGACAGAUGAGCAAAGUGACCACGAGGAAUCGCCGUUUAGGGAAGCCGAGCUCUUCUCGAAUUCAGUGCAACUUGAGAGUGACCCUGACUUUCCAGCUAGAGAAAAGCACGAUGAGAUUUUUUAGGUGAGGAUGCCAAAGUCAUCAAUUUAAUUUAUUAUAAGAUUUAUAUUGUAAUUAUCAGUGGUUCGAUUUUUUUUUUUUUUUUUUUUUUUAAAUCAUUUGUGUAUGUUGUAUUUUUUUCUUCUAAAAAUUGAAGAUAUUUUUUGCUUUUGUAAAAAACGGG